CCCGUCCCGUCCCGAGGUCUCUGAGGACAGGGGCGUGGAUGUGCGAGCGGGCUGUGUGGUGGUGGUAGGACUGAGCGUCAUGGAAACGGAAGAAACUUGGGGAAAGAAGCGGCAUUGAAAAGUAACUGAUUUAAUGAGAGGCAAAUACACAGCUUCAGUCACUUGAAAGAAGAAGACCUGUGGGAAGCAAUCCAAAAUAAUGGUGAGUCAGGAAAUGCCAAGUGCGUCGAGAUGUCUUGAAGAACCGCAUUCAUCAGAUGAAUUCAGCACAUCCUCUAAAGAAGUACUUAAGCCCAGUAACAUGAAAAUGUCAGAAGUUUCUGCAGCCAUGUCUAAAGCUCACAUCAAGCCAAAAUCUAUAUGUCAUGCCAAACAGUGGUCAGAUGAGAUAGAGAACUUAUACAGGUUCCAGCAAGCUGGGUACAGAGAUGAAGUUGAAUAUAAACAAGUGAAACAAGUUGAUACGGUAGAGUGUUGGCCAGAAACUGGAUUUGUGAAGAAGCUUCAGAGAAAGGACAACACCUUCUAUUAUUACAAUAAGCAAAGAGAAUGUGAAGACAAAGAUGUUCAUAAAGUGAAAGUUUAUGUAUACUAAUUUUGCUACUUUCCAAAGUUUGUACAUUUUUAAAUAAAUCUUUUUGUUAGUUAUGAUUUGCAAGAGAAUGAGAUUUGUAUAACCCAGCAUUCAAAGCAUAAAUGUCAUUCUCAGGUAGAAUGGAGAAUACAGAACGUGUUCCAAAUAAUUUGAUAUCAAAAAGAUAAAAAGCUGCAAGGGGACUCUGCAUAUUUGGCUUGACUGUGCAAAGUCCAUUGUAAGUAGGCUCAUUAAUCUUUACUCUGAACAACAUAAUCUUGUCGAUAUCAGCUAAUGUCAGCUGCAGUCUCUUGGUGUAAUUGAGGGCUGUGAGGCUCCCAGUAAGUCCAAAAGGAGAAUUGUAGUAAUUGUAGUGCCGUGGAGAGGAGGAACAACGAGCAGAAAUCUUUAUUGUUUUAGUCUACUGUUUAUUUAGUUACUGUUGUGUCAGAUCUGUUCCCCAGUAUGUUUGCUUAGCGUUUCCCUUUCUGCCCUCAGCAGCCCAAUUUAGGAGUCCUCCAUCAAACGGCUCUACUCAAAUAAACUUUCUCACACUCUGUGCUUAUCACUGAGACUAACCUGGUCUGUUUCUUUUGAUUGUUUCCUCAUUUGGAAGUUCUUGAUCAGAUAACCCUGCUGGAAUAAACAUUCCCACUUCUUGUUAAUGAGGGCAACCCACCAAGUUUGUUUCUGGUCACUGUCUUUGUUAACCCCAAUGGGUCAGGGUUUCUGUCUGUAAGUGCUUGUUCUUUUUGUUUGCCUCAUCAUCCCAAUGUUGUGAGGCCUUUACCCAGUUGUACAUCAAAUAAACUGUCUCACACACCACAUAUCCCGACAGCAUUCA